GUUAUUAUUUGUUUAAUUAACAAUCUUAGUUUAUGUCAUGGUUGACAGCUUUGAAACAUUAAAUGUUUCUCAUCCUUUAAAUGAAUCAACUCUAAAAGCAAUUCAAAAACUUGGUUUCACUAAGCCUACUCCUGUUCAAGCUAUGUGCAUUCCAUUAAUACUUUCAAGGAAAGAUGUUGUAGCUGAAGCAGUUACAGGGUCAGGCAAGACUGUUGCUUUCCUUGUACCAAUUGUCGAGAUAUUAAUCAACAGAGAAGAAAAGUUAAAGACUUUUGAUAUUGGUGCUAUUGUACUCACGCCAACAAGAGAGCUGGCUCAACAGAUUAGUAAAGUUCUUGAACAUUUCACUCAGGAAUCUAAUUUAUCUCAAAUCCUUUUUGUUGGAGGAAAAAGUAUUAAAGAAAAUAUUUCUUCAUUCAAUGAUAAUGGUGGAAAUAUUGUCAUUGCAACGCCAGGAAAACUUUUAGCACUCUUUGAAAGUAAAGAUAUUGACUUGAAGGUGGCAGUAAAAUCUUUAGAAAUUUUAAUUCUAGAUGAAGCUGACCGUUUAUUAUCUAAUUCUAACUUUGAGCAAGCUUUAACACAGAUAUUCCAUUAUUUACCUAAACAGAGGCGAACAAGUCUUUUUUCUGCUACUCAAACAGAUAAAGUUGAAUCCUUCAUAAGAGCUGGGCUUCGAAAUCCUGUGCAAGUUUUGGUUAGAGAGAAAAAAAAGUUAGUGACUGAAAUUAGUCGCACUCCAGACUCUCUGCAAAAUUAUUAUUUUGUAUCAGAAGGAAAGGAAAAGCUUAGAAAUCUGGUUUCUUUUCUACGUCUACACAGAGACGAAAAAAACAUUGUAUUUUUUAAUACUUGUGCCUCAGUAGACUAUUUUUCAAAACUACUCACUAUAAUAUUAAAAACAAUUCCAGUAGUAUCGCUGCACGGUCAUAUGAAGAAAAAAAGAAAUAAAGUUUUUGAAAAGUUUCACAGCAUGAAAUCAGGUAUUUUAAUGUGUACUGACGUGAUGGCAAGAGGUAUUGAUAUACCACAGGUAAAUUGGGUAGUUCAAUUUGAUCCUCCAAGUAAUGUAGAAGCUUUUGUACAUCGUUGUGGACGAACGGCAAGAAUGGGUAAUGAAGGUAAUGCUUUGAUCUUUCUCUUACCAAAUGAAAGUUCAUACAUUGAUUUUGUUAGAAUUAAUCAAAAAUGCACUCUUCUUGAUUAUAGUGGAGUAAUCGAGGAAAUUCCAGACAUUACUUCUAAAAUAAGGAAAAUUGUUUCAAAGGAUAGAGAACUUUAUGAGAAAGGACUUCGAGCCUUUGUUUCAUUUAUUCAAUGCUAUCACAAACACGAAUGUAGUUUAAUAUUUCAAUUUGAAGAACUCGACGUAUGCUCAUUAGCUGUAUCGUUUGGAUUACUUCAUUUACCCAAAAUGCCAGAACUAAAAAAUAAGGAUUUAAAAGGGUUUCAAGCAUUGGACAUAAAUUAUGCUGAUAUCCCUUAUAAAGAUAAAGUAAAAGAAAACCAAAGAAAAAUUAAACUAGAAGCUAAUAAAGAUGUUGUAAAAGUACUUCACAAGAAAACUGUGAAGUGGUCAAAACAAAAAGAGAAAUUCCAAAAGAAAAAAGAACGUAAAGAAAAGUUUGAAAGGAAAAGAAAGUUAAAUGAAGAAAUGGAAGAUGAUGAUGUGAAGGAAUUAAUGAGAGAGGGAAGAUUGUUAAAGAAAUUGAAAAAUAAAAAAAUUUCUUCAAGUGAUUUUGAAAAAAUUAUUGGUAAUGAUGAUGUAGAUGUUAUUUUGUGAGUUCUGUAAAAGUUAUUUGUAAAAAAAUCUUUUUGAAGU